UCAGAAAGCAAACCAAGAGUCAAAGGAAUUGCAGGAAAAAAUCCUAGCUUUGAACAAGAAAAUUAAGCACAGAGAUGAAGCAAUCAAAAGUUGUGCGCGAAAGUACCACGAAGAAACCGAUUACAUCCCAAAGCAAAUGAGGCCAAUUAUUAAAUCUACAAUUCAAGCUGCUGUAGAUAAUAAUGAAAAAGAACUCGUUUCAUCUCUCGAAAAAUUAAAAAGAUCUCUUAGUGAGAUAAUGGGUGUGCUUAUACCAUCAAAUCUUCAAAGCACUUAUGUCAGAGAUUCCCCCGCACAGGAUGCUGGUGUCAACUCUGUGGUUCAAUCUGGUGAAUAUUCUUUAAUAGAAGGAGAUUUAAGACAUUCAGAAAUGAUUUCAAAUGAUUCAAUUAGUCUUUCUCAAAAAACCAUUCAAUAUGAAUCUGGUUGGUUUAGACCAGAUUCAUGUUCAAACAUAUCUAGUAUAAGUGAUUCAAAUGUCGAGACCGUCACUGGAGUAAACACUGAAAAUAAUAGUUUGAGGCAUAAGAUAGAAAACCUUGGGACCGCUUUAUCAGAGAUAAAAAUACAAGAUCGAGAAUUCAAUGACAGAAUCGAGGAAAAUUGUCUAAAAAUAAAACGCUUGGAAGAAGCGCUUGAAAUGAAACAAAAUUUAGAUCUUGCAAGUGAUCCUGAUGACAAGGAUGAUUUUAUGACUGCAGAAGAUCAAGAGCUUAUUAGAAUUGCUGCUGAUAACAAAAGAAAUACUGGCUGCAGCUCAAGUGGACACCACGACUGCGUCAGGGAUGCCGACACUUUGGGAAAAUGGCUUCCACCUGAUGAAGAUUCAUCAUCUGGAAGGGAAAGUAAUGAUGUGCAUCAAGAUCCUGUUUCACUCAUAAAAUCUAUAUUAAAAGAGAACCCUGACCACUGUCUUCCUAUUGAAUUUCUAUGCGCAGAAAUAACUAAACAGUCUGGAGUGAGUUGGAACAAAAAGUUUAAAAGAACGUAUGGUAUGUUACGCAAGUUUGUUCAGAAGCACAGCGAAGUGUUUCGCUUCGAUACAGUAUCCAGUGUAGUAUUUCUAUUAGAUGAUGCUGUGCAUAGUAACAGCUGCUAAUAAACGGCAGGUUAGCUUAGAAUGCUUGCUACCCCAAGAAGAAAAAAGUCCGUCUAGAAGUAAUGAAUACAUGCUGGGUGGCAAUGAUACAGAAUUGCCGAGGCACGCGAAAAAGUCUGAAGUUGGCAUAACUAUACACGUUGAUGAUUUUACAUGAUUUCUCUCACUUAGUUAGUUACCUAAAAAGAUCUGCUUCAAACAAACUGUUCCAUUAAUAUAACAAAUUGUUGCAAUUUUUCAUUUUUAAAAAUUUUAUUUUUUUAAAAUUUAGUGUAUUUUGAUAAAGAAUAGCUGUUAUUUUUACAAUUUUCUUUCUCAACUGAAAAUUGCAGAAUUGAAUCAUUUGAACUAAAUAUGUAUUGAAAUGGUCAUUUGUCUAAAUAAGCAAAGGUCAUUUUAUGUAAAUUGAAUGCUUCCUAGUUUGUUGAAUCAUUUUUUUAAAAUUUCCUCGUGAAUUUUGAAAUGCCUGUAAAUUGUUAUUUAUUCGAUCACAUAACUGGUGCUAAUAUUUAUUAUGUAAUAUAUGAUUAUUAGUUAAAAAAUUUUAAAUAUUUAUGUGUUUGAGUGAUAAAAUGUUUCCUUUUUAAGUAUUGAUUAAAAUGUUGGUGCAAAUUAA